UACCCCGUUCAUCUGUCUGGUCUUAAUUAGUCAACUCUUUACCAGUGCAGCCCCUUCUUACCAAGUCUUCAGUCACCACAGUACCACCGUGUUGUGGUACUGUGGUUUCAUGUAACUCAAUAUGUGCACAAGUACUUGGCUUGAUUCCUUAACCCUCCUAUUUAUUACCUUUGGGGUCAAUUUGACCCCAUUCAAUUUUUAACAUCUCUAAAAAAAUGAUUGACAUCAUUGUUUUUGCUUCGCAUUUCAUGACUUUCCUAAUUAAUUGGGGACAACUGGGUAAACACAAAAUUCAUAUGAUGUUAUGUUUUCAAUGUCCUGUACACAACUUGUACGCAUCCGUGUUCUUUGAGGGUCAAUUUGACCCAGGAUGUUUUUCACCGUGUAAAACACAUUAAACUAGAAUGGGCACUCGGUAGAGCGCAUACCUUCACAUAUCACAAGAUUGGGCAUUGAAUUAUGAACAUUUUGGCAUUAGUUGCAUGCCAAUUGGAUAAAAAUUGACCGUGCUAUGGUAAAAUGAAGAUUUUGGCCUUUUCAUGACCUUGACCUUUGACCCGAUCGAUCCCAAAAUCGAAUCAAAUGGUCCCCGGGUAAUAACCAAUCAUCCCACCAAAUUUCAUGCGAUUCGGUUUAAUACUUUUUGUGUUAUGCGAGUCACACGCAUACAAAUAAAUAAAUAAAUACACGGCGAUCAAAACAUGACCUUCCGCAUUUUCAAUGCGAAGGUAAACAUCAACAUUUUACAAACAUUGGUUUUGGUUGUGUAUUUUUUAUUUAUUUAAAAGGCUAUUUAGGUAGUCAACAAACAAAGUACCUGACACUUAAACUUGCUAAACAAUAUAAAUUCUAAUAAUUUUCUGGAGGUUAUAGGGUAAAAGAUAUUAGUAGAUUUUAAGGUAAAAGGAGGGUUAACAGCUUCCUCAGUUUGGUGACUGAGCAUGCUGAGUCAUUUUUAAGUCCACUAAGUGUCCUAUGGGGUUAGGGUUACUAGGCGUCUGUGUCCACUAACAAGUCUGAGAAUAAAGCCUUCGAUGACUAGAAUAGUUUCCACAAUGCAGAGUCGAGGAGGAUUACAUACAGUACACUGCUAUUCAAUUGUCUAGUCGAGUUGAGGCAACCGUACCGAUGUAUCUUCACACCAAAACAUUGUAUUUUACAAUAACCCGAGUUUUUCUUGACAGUCAAAUACAGAAUAAAAGUGGAAGUUAAAUGAUCUGAACUCUGCCAUAACCGGUUCUGAAACGGCGUUAUACAAAACCAGAAUGCGUCGCUGAUUGGUCAGGAGAGUGGAGAAGGUGGAGUGGACAACAUGACACCCGAGCGGAGGUCCAAAAAUAGGAUCCUGUGCACGAUUUUCCGGCCGGCAACGGGAGGACUGAGACUACAGAGUUUGUUAGUAAGAUUUCAAAUGCAUAUUUGAGGUUUUUCUGUUGAUGUAUUGCAUCAAUGAGUUUUAAAUCUUUAUCAAUAUUCCCUAUAUUGUAAUACCACUUUGUUUCCUAUUUUCUAGAACUCCAAUCACUCAACUCCAGACUACCGGUAUGGAGACGUCCAGCAGAAGAACCCUGCUGCCCAUGGUCGGCCUCAGGUCGAUGGCCCAGUCGGCAGGACUUGCGGAGAUCGCCGUCCGGCUGUGCUUGAACCAACGUAAACAACUGUGUCCUCAUGUGUGGGUUCCCAUCCUGAAGCCGCAGCGCCCUUGCAUCCGUCCUCCAGUUUCAGAUCGGCUAUCCUCUGACAUCUUAAGCCGAGCCGUUCUGACCCACCCUCUCUCGUCUCCCUUUGAUGACUUGUACGACGACGACGACGACGUUUUCCUCCCGAUCAAAAACAGACGCGUGGUUUUCGCCGACUCGCGGGGAUUGUCUUUAACGGCAGUGCGAGUGUUUUCUGAUAAAGAUGAGCAGUCUGACCUCGACCUCCUGCCGUCGCUGCGGGGUUUGGGGAGCAUGACGGAGGACGGCUACAGCUGCACCGUCAGCACCUGCUGCCCAGGGACACGGCUCAUCCUGGGCUUCCCGCAGCCGUCUGCCGAUUUCCAGGCCUUUCGCGCCAAGCUGGCGGAGAGCAUGGUUCUCCUGGAGAACUGCAGUGUUACGGAACAGGCCCUUCAAGGUACCGUGCGAGUCAAGAACCUGGGUUUCCAGAAGGAAGUGCAAUUACGCAUCACUUUUGACUCGUGGCUGAGCUCCAGAGACGUGGCCUGUACGUACCUGCAGAAACGCUUCGGAGGGCCUCAGACGGACGUCUUCGAAUUCGACAUAGCCAUUCCGAAAGUGCUAGAUGCCAAAAGGAAGAUUGAAUUCUGUUUACGUUAUUUACCAGGAGGCCAUAGCGAGCCUUUUUGGGACAAUAACAACAGGCAGAAUUACAGCAUCGCUGUGUGCGUGAGCUCACAUCUCUGUUGCGGGCAGAGUCUAGGUGAAAGGGCAUGACUUCAGCUCAGAAUGAUCGAGAUGUUUAUCAGACGGAAAAAAAUAGUGUUGGAUAAAGAUGAGGUGGAUUUUUUUUUUAAUUACAUUUGAAUUAAUUUUCAUAAAUGUUCAUGACAUCAUAGUAAGUGCUUUGUAUAAAAAGUCUUUAAAACCGA